GGGGUUUUGGCAAACAAGGCUUUCAAUGUCAAGUUUGCUCCUUCGUCGUCCACAAGCGAUGCCACGAGUACGUCACCUUCAAGUGUCCGGGUGCGGAUAAGGGAGCCGAUUCAGACGCACAAAAUCCGCAUAAAUGGCAAGGAUAUACUUUCAUAACACCAACAUUUUGCGAUCACUGUGGUUCGAUGCUGCAUGGGAUCGCGCAUCAGGGUUUAAAAUGUUCAGCAUGUGAUAUGAAUGUACACAAACGGUGCGAGGAAAGCGUGCCGAAUCUGUGCGGGUGUGAUCAUACCGAGAGGCGAGGGCGUCUGCAGCUGGCCAUCACCCACCAGGCCAACAAGCUCAAAAUCGAGGGUAAGUUACUGCACAAUCCAAGGUGCCGAUUUUUUAUGGAAUUUUCGAGGCAAAUGAUAGACAAAAACUGAUCAGGAUAAGAUCUAGCAUUUCUGACUUUUCAACAAUCGUAAGCUGUAAGAAAUCUUCAAUUGCCAAUUGAAUCGACAGAAACAAAAAAUAAA